AUGGCGGAAGAAACCAGUCUCCCUGAGAAUCGGUCGAAAUUGAAAGAAUUCAUAGCCUCCAUCUCCGUCAUCCGAGGAGACUUGUCCAACAUCACCGCACCGCCGUUCGUUCUCGACACCAAAUCCACGGUUGAAUUGCCCGCAUUCUGGGCCGAACGACCGUCGGUGUUUGUGGCGCCCGCCGCAUCAGAGGACCCCGCGGAGCGUGCCCUUUUGGUCUUGAGGUGGUUCAUUGCGGCCCUACGGAAUCAGCAGUACGCGGGUCGCUCCGAGGAUGAAGGGGUCAAGAAACCCUUGAACGCGUUCCUGGGAGAAGUGUUUCUCGCAAAGUGGCAAGAUGAAGUUGGGACGACGAGGUUGGUCAGUGAGCAAGUCAGUCACCAUCCUCCGGUCACGGCUUGUCGAGUAUGGAAUGAAGAACAUGGCGUUUCGGCGGAGGGAUAUACCAGACAGGAAAUUACCUUCAAUGGAACCGUCAACAUUCAACAGAUUGGUCAUGCGACCCUCCACCUGUCUCGACACGAUGAAACUUAUCUCAUUCCGCUACCCAAUGUCAAAGUCAGGGGAAUUCUGACGGGAAACCCGUACCCCGAGUUACAGGGAACUUACCACAUCCCCUGCACCAGCGGGUACACGUCGACCAUCGAGUUUGCAAGUAAAGGGUUGUUCUCCAGUUCGGACAAGAAACACAGCUUCGACGCAAAAGUGUACCGCGAAGGAGACGAAGAGAAAAAGCCACUGUACAGUGUGACGGGCCACUGGGAUGGGGAAUUUGUGAUCCGCGACGUCAAGAGAGAUGUGGAGGUUGAAAAGUUUGACGUUCGCUCGGCGAAGACGACUCCGCUGGUCACGGAACCGCUUGAAGAUCAGGACCCGUGGGAGUCUCGUCUUGCGUGGCGAGGAGUCCGCGAGGCCCUUCUCAGGGGCGACAUGCAGGGUGCAGCUGACGCCAAGUCGAGGCUUGAAAAUGGACAGCGAGAGAUGCAGAAGGUGGACGAAGACGGUAAACAUUGGAAGCGUCUCUUUUAUGAGGCGGGACAACGGGACGAGGUCGCCGAGGAACUAGGAAGGAAGAUAGGUCAGACCAUCGACCCGGCGGACACGGUUGCUGCUUGGAAGUUUCGUCUCGAAGAGUGGCGGGACGGACGGUUCAACAAGCCGUACCAUGAAGGCUUGAGACCUGACAAUACUAGAUCCAGCCGGACUGGUGAAGGUGUGACGGAUCGAGGGUUGGUGAAUGGGAUAGGUGCCGGGGCUGGAGAAGAGUCUAAACAGUCCGCGGAUGACCGACGGUCGAAUGGCCCUCAACAAUUGGCGACGGACCAAAAUCGAGGAAUCAAUAGUCAUGUCGAUGAACAACAGCAAGAGUCGAGCAUGGAUCCAUCCACAAUAACAACAACUGAACCAUCGAAUUCGGAUGCAUCACAAAUCGAGAGCGGUGUGGCUGGGAUGAGCGUUCAGGAAAAGAGAGCCGUCGAAGAUCUUCUCAGGAAAAAAUACUCGACCUCUGGUCGGUGAUGGUAGCGAGAUGAUCUCGAUACCAUUAUUACAGACACGGUCAAUAGUCAUAGUGAUGGCAAGGUGUCCAGGUUGGUGGAUAGAUACGGAGAGGCAUGUAUUGCGCAUUUGAGUUGAACACUGAACCGUACUAUGCAUACGACACAAUUG